GGAAUUUAUAAAUUGUCAAAUCUAGUCUAGGCCGUGUUGAUGUUUUGGUUUUUUUCUUGAACGAUCGUUUUUAGUGAAUAAAAAUAUGAUGAUUUUUCCCGAUAUUUAAAGCAUAAAACAUGCUCGGCUUUGAACUGCCGGUUGUGUGAACUUAUAUGUAGAUCCUUUAUUCGAUCCUUCCUUUACUUACGGCUUUGGAUACAAGAAAAUCUCCUAGCAGUUUGUCUUUCUCUAAACGAUGCAGUCGCAGCUAGAAGCAGUAUUAUUAGGUCAUUUUGUUUCCACUCAUGACGAAGGCGACACUUUUCACGAAGACGAAAACGAAGAUACUGAAGAAUUUGAUGAGAAAAUUGAAUAUAAAAUAAGAUGAAGAUAGAAAAUGACUUUUCAGGAUACAGAUGAUCAUGCUAAGAACAGUUCCAAACAGGCAUCUGGGAAAGAAUCAACCCAUCGCAGUAUUACGUUGCAGAAUCUUCUAUCUGCAGGUAUCUUGGAACCUGGGCCUGGUGCUAUGACAAUUGAGUAUCUGGGCCAAAAGUUUGUGGGAGACCUUCUAGAAGAUGGAAAAAUAAGAAGCCAAGAGACUGACAUAGUAUUUGCCUCACCAAGUGCAUGGGCAAUUGCAUGCAAGAGGUUUAUCAAUCCUGAUAAAAAGUCUGGAUGUGGAUGGGCGUCUGUAAAGUAUAAGGGAAAGAAAUUGGACGCGUACAAGAACGUUUGGUAUAAGAAGAAAAAGGAAGAGGAGGAACAGAAGCAAGAAAAGGAAACUAGUGUACAGUUGAACUUGAAUAUUCCACAAAGGAUUGUUAGCAGGAUGAUGUGUCAAUACAUUGUUGUAAAGCAUAACACUAUUGCCAACAGGAUGUUAACACAUGAUGCUAAUACAAUGAUAGACUGUGUACCCUUCUCCAAUCUGGGGAAAAUCCAACCAUUUUUGGUUUCACUGUCAACAAAUGCAGCUUUAUUGAUGGACUUCCAUUGCCAUCUAACUAGAUCUGAAGUGUCAGGGUACUUAGCAGGCUAUUGGGAUGUUAAUUCACAUAAUCUGCAGAUAACUCACGCCUUUCCGUGCUGUAGCACAAAAGCAGAUCGCGAGAACGCUCCCCGAGUCGAAGCGGAGAUCGCGAGAACCAUCGAAAAGGAACGACUGACAUUAGUCGGAUGGUACCACUCGCAUCCAUUUGCGGCGGCAGCACCGACAUUGAGAGAUGUGGAUGCACAGUUGGACUAUCAGAUUAAGAUGAAGGGUGUCUCCGAUAAUAGUUAUACGCCCUGCGUGGGAGUUAUUGUUUCGCCGUACAACUUCGAAAACACAUCGUUAGAAUCUAGCAUUAUCGCGUACUGGGUGAUCCCACCGCCAGAAACGAGACCCAACGAGUACGGCAGACCCAUGCUCAUGUCGUACAGUGUUAUACAUGACUCUGUAUUGCACCCUUACAUUAAAAAAGAAAUGGAAAAGUGCAUAAAUUACUACAAGAAGGAAAACGAUUUUGUCAAUUUCAAUGACAAGUUUAUCAACAACACUUGCUUCAUUGAUAAGUUGAAAACAACGUUGAUUUCGAAAUUUCCCAGAGACGAGAGUGAGACAGCUCUGUGGAAAUUCAUACGAGAAAGGUUGGGUAUUUCCAUAGAGGAAAAGGAUUUAUUGUCCAUCCCUAGCAUUAGUAAAGCAAGUCAGUUGUUGCCACCUAUGACACUAUCUUCGAAUUUGAUGCUCCAAACGGAUAUUUCCAAUUUGUUGUUCAAUUCUGCUAAAUUUUCCAGCGCUGGGAAUCUCUUAGGUCUACCGGAUCCUAUGGCUCACAGUACUUUAGCUGCUAACAAUAUGUUUUUGCAGUCAAAUUUGUUUAAAAUGCAAGAAUUGUUGCAACCACUUUCUACUAGUAGUCCGUUGAGUGGUAAAGGGAAGUCGGACCAUAAAAGUGGCCAAAAAGGUUCCUUAGAUACCAAAGGUGGAAAAACGGAUCUUACUCAAGGGAAAAUGGACUUCUCCAUGCCAGAUUUGAACUACUCGAAGUAUAUGAAAGACUUCUCGGCUAGCGAUUAUAUAAGUUCUUUGAAUAAACUUGCUAAGCAAGAUUUUCCAACACCUUAUACCAGCAAGACUGAUUUCGGUUUGAAUUUUAGUAAACAAAGUGAGAUAGGUGAGAAAACGCCGAAGGUUCCGAAGAUGGAUUAUGCAUCGUCUGGAAUGUUGGAUUUGAGUUUUUCGAAAAUGACUGCAAAUGAGUCUGAUACGCCGACUGAUUUAAGCGUGGGAGUCAUUGAGAGUAGUUCAAAUGCUGGGGCUGAGGAUAAGCCGCUCAAUUUGGCAGGAGAAUAAUCAUCCCUAAUUAUGGUUUUCGGAAAAUUUUUAAAUUGAUACUUAUGUGAAUUUGGAAAUAUAGAUUUCUAUUCUGCAUAUAUCAAUAUUUAGAUCCUUCCACACUAGUAUUAAGAGAUGAAGAAACGUUCAAAUUUGCUUAAGAAACUCACGUUUCAAAGCAAAUUUCUUUGAUAAAACAUCUUCAGCGACUCGAAAUAUAUGCAAAAACAAAGCUUGGAUAGGUGCAGGUACUGUACUGAGUUAUUAUUUUUUUACAACUCCGGCACACAUUUUAAAAAAAUGAUCAAGAUUUCCCAGCAGUUUUGAGAAUAUAUGGUGAAAAAUAAAAUGGUCUUUAAUCAAUAGACAAUCUUUAAGAAAAUGAGUGAAAUGAUUUUUGCAAAGAUACUAUUAUCCAAUAUCAAAACAGAUAAUUAAAAAAAGCAAAAUAUGAGGUUUUCCUUCGGUUUUAUGGAUUGUAUAUUUUGUAACUCUGGCAAAAUAACCAUAAAAUAAUAAUCAUAUACCGUAUUCCUGCUCCCAACAAGGGGCCUGAAAGAUCCUAGCAGCUAUGAGACAGUAGCAGAGCAUACAAAUGAUUUUUUCUAAAGUCUUUUUUAAUUGCUUGAAGAAACCCACUUAGAAUAGGUAUCACAGAGGCAACAACAGGAAAUAGCAUGACCUAGCGCCAUCUAUGAGACAGUAGCAGAAACAAUUUUUUUUUUGGUUAUUAGCCGAGCAGAAAGUAUUUUUUAGAUUUUUAAAUUCAUUUUUGUGUUCUUUUACCGUCUCAUGGAUGGCGUUAGUAUCUUUCAGGUCCCUUUUUAGGUACCAGAAUGUAGUAUUUGGUUUCAGGUAGAUAACGAUGACCACUACUUUUUGGUUAUUUUCAACUGGCGGAGAGGGGAGCUUAAGGAUAAAUCAUCAAUCCGCAGACUUCUACAGUCAUGUUUAGUGUCGUUCAACGAUACAGGGUGUUCAUUUGAAAAGUUCCCUCCACGGAUUAAUCGAACACCAUUGAUUAAAAGAAAAAACGGCGAGACACAUCAAAAGAUUUGUCAAGCGGGACAACUUUUUAACAAACUACUUCACCCCCUUUCACCCUCUCCCCCCAGGGUCAUCCCCUUAAAAAAUUUAAACGACAAGGGGUAUUCAGUAAUAGCUUGUUUGAAAGGUCUUUCGACGUCCUUUAUUUUGACGUGUCAUUUUUACGAACCGGUCGAUUCGUUUUCCAGGAAAUUAGAAAAAUCUUUGUUUAUCUUAAUUUGUUCAGAUGGAAAACAAAAACACACGAAAAUAUCACUUUUUAUUUCAAUAAGUGUUCAAAUUGUUGCCCGUUAUUGGCCAAACAAUGAUAUGAGCUAUGUUAAAAUUCCUUAAGGACAUUUUCAAAAACAUGAUGUGGGAUGUCAUGGCAGCUUUCGAUGAUGCGUUGACGAAGUUCAUCCAAACGCUCAGGUUAGGUAGUAAACACAAUAGAUUUCAAAUGACCCCAUUGAAGUCUAAUGGCGUCAAAUCAGGAGAUCUAGGAGGCCAUUCUAUAGGCCCUCUUCGCCCUAUCCAUUUAUCUGGAAACUCGUCGUCUAGCCAUUGCCGAACCGGAAGAACAUAGUGAGGAGGAGCGCCGUCUUGCUGGACAUAUAUUUCAGCCUCAAGUAUAGGGUUUCCAUCCUUUUCGAUUUGGUUUUCAAUGGGUUCAGAGAUAAGCGAAUUGAAAGUAUUUUCCAACAGUGGCCCAAUCACUUUGUUUCCUAAAAUGCGUGCCUAUACAUUAAUUUUUUGGAGGUACUGGGUGUGCCCUUCUACAAAAUAAUGAUGAUUUCAAUUGCUCCAAUACGUGCAGUUAUGUUUGUUAACAAAUCCAUUUAGAUAAAAUGUGCGUACAUCCUUGAAGCAGAUAUUCUUUACAUGAAUGGUAUUAUCAUUAAUCGUUGCAGUCAUUUGUUCACAAAACUCGAAAUCAUCUUCGGUAAACCCUUGCAAUAUUUUCAUUUUGAAUGGAUUAAAAUUAUAUAGUUUAGUGACCGCGUGUUCAGAGCCGGUCGCAGCAACAAUUUUGAGCAAUGAAGUAUUAAGAUUUAUUAAAAAAUCACCCACUUGGGCGGCUUCUUCCAAAACUCUCUGAUUAUCACGUUUUUUAUUUGCAACAGAAAGGUCCAAAACAUACCUAUGCGAGGUUAUAUUCACCGGAUGUAUAGGGUUAAACGUGAUGACAGUUUGCCGAGCACAUUGAUUUUGGGCACCAUAAAUUAGAAUCAUUUCUACUCUUUCGGGUAGUGUGUAAACUAUUUCAGAAUCGGAAACAAAAAAUUUAUUUUUACUAUCCCAAGAUUGUCACAAAGGUAAGUUACAGCAAAUUAAAUUCUUUCUUUCCCUUAGCAACAAAAAACUGAACAGCUAUAACAAUAAAUACAGUUCGCCCAGGAUGUCUGUGCUGAUGAAAAGAAUGCGGAAAAAAUUCGGUUUGUAGAUUUGGCAAACCCUGACGGACAACAUUUUGAACACUGUGAUAUUUUCGUGUGUCAUUAAGAUGAAUAUGGAUUUUUCUAAUUUUCUCUAAAACGAAUCGACUGAUUUAAAAAAUGAAACGUCAAAAUAGAGGACUACGAAAUACCAUUCAAACAAGCUAUUACGAUGAUUUAAAAUUUUUAAAGGAAUGACCCUGGAGGACCCAGGGUGAAGUAGUUUUUGCUUAAAAAGUUGUAUCUCUUGACAAAUCUUUUGCCGUGUCUCGGAGUUUUUCCUUUCAAGCAGUGGUUUUCGAUAAAUCUGUUUUCAAACCCUUUAUAUAGGAUAGACAAAUUGCAUCUUCAUAUUCAUAUCAUAUGGUGUUUUAACACAUAUUUUGCUCAUGUAUAUGUUGCUCUAGAUUAGGGCUCCUUUGAUAGUUCAAUUUUUCUGUAUAUAACCUGUAUUUUAUACAUUCAAGGAUUCUACAUAUGCUAUAAUUUUAUUUUCUGUACUUUUUGUGCUAGUAUACCUAUGUUAUACUUAUUUUAACUCGUCUAGCAUAUUUCUUAUUUUUACAUGUUUGGUGUAUAAUGAAAGUGGGUAUUUAUUAUAAUUUUUAUAUGACAGGUAUGUGC